UAUUUUAAUGUAAUAUAAUUCCAGCAAGUUUAUAAGUAAGCUUUGAUUUCAGCGUUUCUCUUGGGUUGUGAUAAUAUAUACAUAUACAUAUUGUAGGACUAUAGGACUACUCAUAUGAUCUAGUUUUGAACUGGAAAUCCCUUUUUAUUUCCCUUGCCCAUGCCCAUAGUAUAAAGUGGACCAUAGUUCAAAACAUCUGUGCAGGCACCAUUAGCAUCCUAAAGUUGAACAAUCUAUAUAAUUCAACUGAACACGAUCAUGAUCAUCACGUGACUGCAAAGUUAGCGAUAUAGUGCGAACAACUUAACCUGACAGUGUGACAGUGACCUCUUCUCGUGAUGUCAUCUCUCGGGCGGAAUAGUCGCCUUCCGCAAGACUUAGCAGCUAGAAUGCUGAUUGAGAACUCCGAGCAGCCAUUGCUGGGUGCUGAGGAAGAGGAGGAUGACGAACUUCCAACCUUCUGCGUGCGUUGUCGGAGCCUCUCAGGCUCGCUUGGUGAACCGUGGCGCACCGAGUGCAAUGGACACCAUCCGCCUAGCAUGUCCACCCCUCAACUUGUUAUUAAUGCAGAUGAACCUGACGUUCCUCUCCUCUCAAAUGUGGAGGGAUAUAACCACACAACGCUGUUACCAUCCCUUGAGGACUAUCAUUGUCAUUUCUCUUCCCAAAAAGAAGCGUCUUCGUCAGCUUGGAAGCCUCUCUUAGCUGCCACACUGAUGUGCUUAAUUUUUAUGAUUGCAGAAGUCAUUGGAGGCUACCUCGCAGGCAGUCUCGCUGUAAUGACAGAUGCCGCUCACUUGAUGUCAGACUUUGUGGGGUUUUUGGUUAGCCUCUUCGCAAUAUGGGUCACGAAGUGGCCUGCCAACAAGAAACUGCAAUUCGGUUAUCAUCGAGCUGAAAUCUUGGGUGCUCUAUCCAGCAUUUUGAUCAUCUGGGUUCUGACUGGCAUAUUCGUAUAUCUAGCAAUUCUGCGUGUGAUCCAUCAGGAUUUCACAAUCGAACCAGACACGAUGAUGAUUGUUGCUGCCCUUGGAGUUGUAGUUAAUAUAUUCAUGGGCCUUGCACUUCACGGAGCUUGUUUUUCUUCCCAUGGACAUUCUCAUGGACAACACAGCCAUGAUGAUUCAAACAGAAACAUUAACAUCCGAGCUGCCGUGAUCCACGUGGUUGGAGACUUGGUGCAAAGUGUUGGCGUAUUCAUUUCUUCGAUAGUAAUUAAAUAUUACCCAGAAGCAAAGAUAGCAGAUCCGAUUUGCACCUUUGUGUUUUCCCUGCUUGUGCUUUGUACCACUGGACCAGUGAUGCGGGAUGCUGUGCGAGUGCUGAUGGAGGGUGCACCGCGUCACUUGGACUAUUCUUCGGUACUGAAUGCGUUGCAGGGCAUCGAAGGCGUGCGCAUGGCCCAUAGUUUGCAGCUAUGGAGUCUUUCUCUAAGUCAGACUGCCGUGACUGUCCACCUUGCUGUUGAUUCAUCUGUGGAUCGUGACCACGUCUUGAACAUCGCGAACAAACUUCUGCGCCGCAAGUUUAACAUCAGCAUGAGUACAGUUCAAAUUGAACGAUUCCAACCAGACCUUAUGAACAACUGUGCCCAAUGCCAGCCUUUCGCAAUAUAAAUCCUCGAGAGAUUGAACUCAGUCGUGGGAUACUCAGUCGUGAUUGUUGAAAUGUGAUAAGAAAUCGGUACGGAGCAAUUGAGACAUAAUUAUUCCACAAUUGAAUCAUGUCUUGCAAUGCAGGCAAUAAGUUUUUAGUUUUAAUACCUCCACGAACAUUACUAUUUAGUUAAAAAAAACCAAACUCAUAACAGAACAGAAGAUUUUAACUUUUUUGUUAUUUUGGAGAUCUGCUGGAUAACCAUCAAGUGCAAGUUUUAAGUUUUUUUUCAUUAGUCCCAUUUAGUUGUCUUAAUCUUAAUUGGUUAUAUGUUAAGGUUAAAAUUAAAUUCAAUCGAUAUUAAGAUAUUCAUGAUCUGGGCACAAUCGACUGGUACUGUGGUUAAAGUGAAUCAAAAACGCAUA